GAUAUUAAAGAAUGUCUGGACUCAUUGCGUAGGUGUAUGUCAGAUUUUGCGGACUCGAAUACCAAUCUAAAAAUAGAUAUCGAAAGGAAGCUAAGUGAAAUAGAAACUUGGGUUACAAAACAAAACAACAACAGCGGGGAAAAAACGAAGGAACUAACCCCUGAAACAGUGGGUAAAGUUCUUAAAGUUGUCCAAGUGACGGUGAAUAGUAUCGAGAAAUUCAAAAGUGACGAUCCCGUGGAUAUCGCCAUAGGAGUUUUAAACAUCGUCUCUUCGAUUGGGUCCGUCUUUGGUGGACCUUACGCGCCGAUAAUUACUACAAUCUGUGGCAUUAUUAGUACGAUUCUCAGUUAUGGCAAGCCAAAACAUGCACAGCCAAGUGUGGUAGAUCAACUCGCAAAAGUCGUGCACAAGGAACUAGUCAACUUCAAUCAAAAGUUGCAUGAUCAAAGAUUCCAAGGUUUGCAGGAUCGCGUAUGCAACCAGACAUCUCAGCUACGUACAUUGAAGUCAGCGGAAAAACUAGACGACACCAACUUGUGGAAUGACUACGUUCAGUUUAUGGGUGAGCUUUCCCACAGACUAGAGUCACCGUUGCCAUUCAAAUAUGAAAAAGGAUCCUCCCUCACAGAAGAUCCUGAAGUAGCAGAUUUUGUGACAGCUGUGGUGACUUACAGCGAGGCGUACGUCUGUUUCAUGGCACUUUUGUUGGCUGCGAACGGACGAUUUGCAGAUCUUGGGAGAAAAGAAGACGAAGAUGCGGUCUAUCGUAUUAUCAAACGCCAAGAAGAGAGAGCGAGAGAAAAGCUCGCAUUCCUGUCUGAUGAAAAAUAUCUGACAUUUCUUGGGAGGCUUCCCUAUGAAGGAGGAAAACUGACGAAAAUCGUUGUUUUAAGCCGAAACACAUCAGGAAAGAGGCUCGUAGAAGCAGUCAGACGUAGCUUGGAUUUACCGCAAUUACCUGAUUCUGCGAUAGUUGAAUCUGAAGCAAGUAAAGUGUCCAGUCAGUGCGUUAAGUUAAAACUGGAAGGCCAUGACACUCACUCUCCCCAGAAUUCUGUAUUUCCUCAGGAGGGCAACAAAGCUGUUGUGGCGUUAACAAGAGUGCUGGUAGGUGUCAUAUUUACUGAGUUCAUUAACGAAACAAAUUUUCCCAUGAAGAUUGUUUCGGGUAAAGUUGGACGGAGAAGAUUACGUUCCGUCACUUUCACCCACAACGUCCAAUCUCGAUCAAGUUGUUGGCUGGAAACCCCACAGCUCUCAUCCUCGCAAUUUUCAACCGGUGGGUACAUUAUUCUCUACCAGAACGGAAUCCUAAGCUCCGAAGUAGAACCACCUGCGUCGAAUGUUAGAGUCAUUGAGUUUGCUUUGUCAAGUUUAAUGAAAAUCAACAUCCAAGACAAAACCAGCAGCGAGUUCACCAGUGGUCAAGACACUUACGACAAGAUGAAUUCUGGUAAAGCCAAGACACUCUACUGGUUUAAUAAUGGGGAACACUUCAUUGCAAGAGCAGAAAUAACUAGAUAUCGAUCUGGGCCGGUGACCUUUCGAUUUGUUGUUCAGGACUACGAUCCUUUGGCGGUGAGUGAUUAA